AUGAUCUGCAAGAAAUGUGAUUCACCCAAAACUGUAGUAUUAAGACAGAAAGAUUUUUACUGUGAUGAGUGCUUUAUGAUCAGUACCAAUCACAAAUUUCGUGCAUGUUUAGGUAAAAAUAAAAUACUGGCACCAAAUGAAAAGGUUUUGAUCUGUUUGUCAGGAGGUGUGAGCUCCUCAGUCUUAUUGGAUUUAAUUCAAUAUGGUAUAUCUUUAGAAAACACCAAGAAAUUACGGAUAGUCCCUUUUUUCAUUCAUAUAUUUGAUGUUGAAAGUAAAACUGCGACAGAUUUUAUAUUAGAACAAUGUAAAAAAUACAAUUUUAAUGUAUAUAUGGUACACCUCUCGGACUAUCUAAAUACAAGUUGUCAGUUACCAGAACAGAACUGCAUACCAGAAGUCAAUUGCGAUGUAGCAAAUCAAUUUCAUAGCAUGCAAAAUAGCAUGCCACCAACAGCAAGGAAUGAUCUUCUUUUGACAAUAAAAAGGACUUUGUUUAUUAAAUAUGCCAAAUUGUUACAAUGUAAUAUUGUAUUCACGGCUGAGACAUCAAAUACUUUGGCAAUUAAGUUGUUGUGCAAUCUUGCAGUUGGCAGAGGAUCACAAGUUCAAAAUGAUAUUGGUUUCUCUGAUACUCGUGAUGAAAAAGUGCGAAUAAUAAGACCCAUGAGAGACAUUAGCAAGGAAGAAUUGGAUUACUAUAUCAAAAUUAAGCAAUUAUAUCCCAUUUGUAACAGUAGUAUAAAUAAUACUAACAGCUUGCAGUCUGUUAUUGCUUCUUUCGUCUUUGAUCUUCAAGAAAAUUUUCAAUCUACCAUUUCAACAGUCUGUAAAACGGCAGACAAAAUUGGUGUGUGUGCAGAUAGAACCUUAGGAAAAUGCUUAAUUUGUGAGAGCAAUUUCAACGACGUUAACUUCAAACUUUCGGCUUUAGAAGCAACCAGCAUAUCAAGAACUGUCUCUUUUGCCAAUAUUAGCUCAAACCAUAAUACUGAUCUAUCCAACAUAUUUAAGAAUGAUAGUCACACAGCAGUGUUUCCAUUAGUUCACAAGUAUCUUUGUUAUGGUUGCAGUAGGAUUCACUCAGAAAUGAAACGAUCUACCUUACCACCGCAUUUACAAAUUUUGUAA